UUCAUUUUUUAACAACGCUCCAUCAUGCAUGAAGUUCCUCCAGUUCAGCAACAACAUUAAUGUUACAAAAUUUUACGCCCUUUAGUUCUUUUAUCAGCAAGCGCGAAUAGGAAAUUUGGGUUGUUGAUUUCAAAACUAUGGCUCUUGUAAUAAACCGCGCCAAGAAGGAAGGUACUACGAAUGUAGAGCGAAAUCAGGAGACCUUUCCAUUGCUGAACGAUGUCGAACAGAGUAAUAUCAAAGUCUACAAGAAACGCUGGUAUAUGUUAUCGUUAUUUUUCUUGCUUUCUGUUGGUCAAGGUAUCAUCUAUAACACAUGGUCACCGAUACAGAGUACGGCAAGAGCAGUAUAUAAAUGGGAUGAUUUUAUGAUCGAUUUGAUGCCUGCAUUAGGAUGUGUUGGACCAUGUCUGACUAUUGUACCUCUAGGAUGGCUGAUGGACGUAAAAGGUUUAAGAACCGCUGUGCUCCUUGCCGCAGGAUUUCAAUUCUUUGGCUCAGCAUUAAGGUGCAUUCCUACCGGAGGUGAUUGGCUGAUAUCAACAAUACUGAUAUGCUUUGGCCAGGCAUUGGGUUGUCUUACUGCACCUAUACCGCUGUCCGGUCCGGUGUUGUUGUCAGCAACGUGGUUUCCAAGCAACGAGCGCACAACAGCAACCUCAAUUUUGAUGGCUGGUAGCUUUGCCGGCUUCGCUUUGUCAUUUAUUAUUGGCCCACUGUUCGUUGAUGAUGUUGGGUCUAUAUCCUACAGUCAACUGAAUUCUACGGAAAGAGAAUUCUAUUACAGACAAAUAAGGACUAUGUUUUUGGUCGAAUCUAUUGCAAUGGGUCUCCUAUUUUUAGCUGUUAUCAUUUAUUAUCCCGCCAGGCCACCUCAACCACCUAGUCGAUCUUCGGGUGUCGAAAGAAUGGAUACCAAAAGUGGAAUUAUAAAAUUACUGAAGAAUCACAGUUUUGUGUUGUUAGCUAUACUAUACGGCGCAAGUUGUGGUGUCUACAGUGGCUGGGUGUCUGUACUAGACCAACUUUUAGAGGGAUUUGGCGUCGGUCAAAAAUUUGCUGGUUGGCUGGGAUUUAUUGCUGUUGUGAGUGGAGCGUCGUCCGGGAUAUUCUUUUCCAUAUUCGCCGACCGCUUUUCGGGACAUUUAAAGCAAUUUCUUUUGAUUUUUAUGGCCUGUGCGACAUUUUCCAUCCUCAUUGUAUGUUUUAUAUUCUCCAAAGUCAUCGCAUUCAACAAAGCACUAAUCUGUGUUAUGUUUGGUUUAACUGGAUUUUUUGUAAAUGGGGCUCUACCUUUCUUUUUUGAAUUGGGAGCAGAAAUGGCGUACCCGGUUGCUGAGGGACUAACAAGCUCUGUCAUUAAAUUCACAGAUUACUCUCUUCAAGCCAUAUUUUUAAUUGUAUCGAUGGGUCAUUUUGGAGGGACUUGGAUGACGUGGGUAAUCUUGGUAACGAUAUCUGCCACCACAAUACUUUUAACUUGUGUUAGGGAACGUUACAACCGAUUGAAUAUCGAUAAUUUUCCCACUCGUCCCACAGAAGAUUGAAAUUAAACUGCAUAUAUCAUGCCAUUAAAAUGACCAUACCGUUAUUGCCAAUACGAAAUAUGUUGUUCUGUCUUCAAUGUAAAAGUAUAAAAUGUUUAUGCAUUUGAAAAUACCUUAAAUCAGUUAUAUCCUUAAAAAAUAUUCAUAUGAAGACUGUGGCAAUUAAGCACUGCUUGUUAUACAGGGUGAGUAAAAAAACUGACACUUUUGAAAGUCAAAUUAGCGGCGAACUUGUGGCUGGAAUUUGACAAUUCCCAUGUGUACAAUCAACAGGACGUGGUUAAUUAAUGCGAAAGUGUU